AUGGCUUUAGUGAAAGAAGAUGGGUCUUCGCCUGUUAAUAUUAAUACAAAUCCUCUUAAAAUUGAGGAUUUUGCUGCUGGGAUCCAUCAAGAAGAAGAAGGUUCUGCUAGCGAAGGGGAUUUGCCCAAAUAUGUGGAUUUGCAAAGCAGGCAAUAUGAUGAAGUUUUCCCUUCUACAACAACAGACUACACUAUUGAAGAUGCAACUAGAGUCAACGAUUUCCUAGCUAUCAGUUUGCAUAACGAAAAUGGUCCAGUUUCUAUAAGUUUUAAUCAGGAUAAUAAAAAUUCCAGUGAAUCUGAUGAUAGCUCAGAUUCAUCAUCAUCAACAUCUUCCAGCUCAGAGGAGGAAGAUAAUGUGCAAUGUCAAAUAUGCCAAAAGAUUUUCGCGAAUUCCAGCGAUUUGGAUUUGCAUAUAAAAUCUAGAAGAAUGCACGAUAAAAAGUACAAGUGCUGCAACUGCCAAAAACUCUUCAGAGACAACACCCAGCUAAAAGUACACGCCAGAAAACAUACUGGCGAAAAACCAUUUGAGUGUCAAAUUUGCGGCAAAAAGUUUACAGUAAAUGGAAACAUGAAUAAGCACAUGCGGAUUCAUACUGGCGAAAGACGAUUCGAAUGCACAGAUUGCGGCAAAAAAUUCACACAAUUUGCCCAUUUGGAAGAUCAUAUGAAAACCCAUUCGGGUGAUAGACCUUUUGUUUGUAGCUAUUGCCAGACUGCCUUUAAAACUAAAGCCAGAUUGAGAAAGCACGAGAAAAGUCACGCUAGUACUGCACGGAGUAAGAGGUCGAUUGGUUGUCCUCAAUGUAAUAUUAUUUUGAAGAAUAAUCGACAAUUGGCUGCUCAUUUAGCAACUCACCUACAAGAAUCAGAUGGCCCGUUCACCUGUCAAUUAUGCGGUAAGUCUUUUCCGAAAUAUCUGGAACUGCUGGAGCACCAAAAGAACCAUUCGGAUAUGACGACGUUCUUUUGUGAAUUCUGCAACAGAAAGUUUGCCAGCGGUAGCCAUUUAAGGCGACAUAUGAACUCGCAUUCCGGUUUUAAGCCUUACAAAUGCGACAUUUGCAAACGACCCUUUCAGUCUACGCAAAAUUUGAAAAGACACAUGAUGACUCACACUGGAGAGAAACCUUUCGAUUGUCUAGAAUGUGGUAGAAAAUUCCUCACAUUAGAAAACCUAAACAGACAUAAAAGGACCCAUACAGGUGAAAAACCUUUUGCUUGUGAAAUUUGCGGCCGAGUUUUUGCUCACAGUACUACAGCCAAAGAGCAUUAUAGAGCGGUUCACACUGGCGAAAAACCGUUUGGCUGUAGCCAUUGUCAGCACAGUUUCGCUGUCAGCAAAAUGCUGUACAGGCACAUCAGGGUGAAACAUCCCGAUCAUUUUCAGCAAUUUAAAAUGGAACAAGCGAUAACUCCAAAUAUGAAAAAGGCCUUGAAUAAGUUUAGAGGCACUGUUGUAGAGAAUAGUGGCAAAGAGGAAAUUUACAAUUUAGCAGCAAAAAGUCGUAUUGAAGAAGUAACGCUGGUAAAAGAAGAACCAGUGGAUUUAGAGGAUGAAGAAUCUUCUAGUCAAAUGAAAACGGAAGAAAAUUCAGAUGGGCUGAUAUCAACGAAAAUUAAAAGGGAAUUUAUUGAUAAUUCCGAUUUUAUUAAAACUGAAAAACCUGAAUUGGAACCGUACAAUUAA